ACAUAAAAAGAUUCAUUAUAAAAAAUAUUCUCAUCUUGAAUUACAUACUCUAUUCUUUUAGGAAAAAAAAUCUCAAAGCCCUUAUAUAUAUAUCCAAAUCUUCCAAGCUAAGCCUCAAAAGCAUACUAUUAUAUGAUGACGAGCUUUUGCAGUGAAAAAGUCCAUCCUUUCUUGUGUUUAUCAAAUUCCAAACACAAUGGAACACUUCUAGACUCUUCUCUCCCCCGCCUAAAUAUUUUCACCGCCGCUUCAAUCGACAGCGACAACUUUGACCCUCAAAACACAACCAAUUACUCCAUGACACCGCCAGCCGCCGCAGCGAAAAAGGAUCCCGGCGGAAUUGGGUUCUUAGACGAAGUUGGAGGGAGUGUUGAUGGAUUAAUGUCUUGUACAGAGAGUCUCGGUUUCGAGAGCUCCGAUGAGAGGACAGUAGAUGAUCAAAUUGAGGAUCUAGGUUAUCGUGACGAAUUAGCUUUGUUGUCUAGGAAAUCAAAUUGUAGCAAUAAUAAUACGGCUAGUACUAAUUCAAGGUGCUGGCAAAGAAGUAAUUUGGGGGAGAAGAAAGAAAAGAAGGAGUUUCCACCGCCAUUAUCGUCAUUAAGUCAAGAUGGAAAGCCCAACUUCUUCAUGCGUGCGGUGAGGAAAGAUGGACGGUUAGAAUUGACAGAGGUGAAAAUUGAUCGGCCCAAAACUUUCCGUGCUUCCCGCCAAGAUGGACGGUUGAGAUUGCAUCUAAUUCGCGAUCUCGAAGAAGAAGAAGAAGAAGAUUUUGCCGUGGAAACAGAGGAAGACGUAGAGGAAGAAGAAGAAGAAGAUAUUGAAGAGUGGAGGUUUCCGGUGACGGGAAGUGGAAUUGGAGAUAGUCAUCGGAGAUGUUACGGCGACCAUGGUAAUAACCACCACCAUCACGACCGUAAUUUACAUUUGUGGAGGCAACGGUGUGUGACAACUAGGUGAAUGUGAAUCUGUUUUUCGUUCAACUACGUACUCUGCCAUUUGCAAGGGAAUCUAAAAAAAAAUAAAACUGAAAAACUGAGGA